CGACAACUGGGUCUGCCAGCUCUUGUACUAAGGUUUCAUCACUGAAAAUUCACAGCUCGCCUAGCCUACCAGUACCUGCGGUGAGGAUGCCUUGUCAUCACCUGUUGACAGUGAGUCAGUGACCACUACUCAGUCAUCAUACAACCAGACAUAACAUAAUGGCUUUGGUGCCAAACUCUUGCCUCUUCCCACAAUGGAAUUUCCAACAGCAGACCCGGACACCCAAAUAGAAGUAAACUUGAUGAUACUGGACUAUCUUCUAUGCAUCACCAUUGACCUAGUCCUGUGCCAUGGGGCAGCCAAGAGUGAGGGACAGCAGUCUCAUAACUGGGACCUCAGCUGGAACCUUAAUACCAUCGACACUAUCAGGGCUGUACUCCUACACCCGGAUCUUUUCUCCCAGGAUAUACACAUCAAGAUCCAUGUUCUAGAAUUUGCGCAGUUGUUCUGUGAUGGCCAUGUGCUUCUGGAACAAAGUGGAGCGCCGGCUGUCGAACUGUCGCAAGGGAAUUAUCGCUCAAGCGAAGGAGCAGAGUCCAUUGGGACGGACACCCGAAGACGCCUAUCACCCCUGCAUCGCCCCCACCAGGAUAAAGAAUCCCACAUUACCAAUUGCUGGACGGCAGCAUCGAACAGAUCCUACAACUUGCUGGACAAAUUCGUCAGACUUUGCCUUGUUUCGAACAAUAAAUUGCCGGAGGGACACACUGAUAUCGCUACGGAAUUAAUCAAGCAAGCUGCGUUAAACGAGUAUUGCACGAUGGGUACCCAGCCGCGGGACGGGUACAGCGAAUGUGCACACCGUGUCAUUGGACGCUUGCGCGAAACUUUAGAACAUGGGUCGAACCAACUGAGUACCGAAUACCUCAGCUAUGUUCGGUUACCCAUCGAUCUUCCACCCGAUGUGUGGAAGAUGCCUCGCGACAAUGGCAUUUCCCGUGCAGUACAUUGUUUCCUCACUGAUUUGAUGAAGAUGCUAGACCCACCGAUACUCAUACAGCUAGAAAGAGGAAAACUUGGUGGACUCAGCCGCGAAGAGACCCAAAAAUUGAGAGACAAGGUGGGACUUUGACGACAAAAAAUGGCCCGGCAUGUGUCUACAUGACAAUCCAAACCUGGAGAUGAAUAUUGCACAGUGGCUAAAGCGUGAGGAAUGCAGUGGGCAACAAUUGAAAUUUGUGAUAUCAACUGCUAGCUCCAUACAGAAUGGUUAGUCUACAAGUUGUUUCG